AGCUGUGUGAAAUGUACAACCUGUCUAUGCUAUUAAGUUCUGGGCAGCAGAAGAAAAAAAAGAGGCAUUUUUAGCAGACACACUUUCCUUUCUCUUACCUUCCUUCAACUGACGCCAUUAAAGAAGCAGCAGUGCAAUCACAGAUGAAAACGCAAGGCUAUAUUUGGAGAGAGCUGAUGUCACAAGUGGUUUGAGCAGAGAGCCUAUAACUGUUGGAGUCGGCUUGUGUGACAGUCUGACAAACCUUGGAGAGCUCCAGUAGCAGACUGGGAUCUAGCCAAGACCACAAAAAGUGAUCACCCUUACAGCAUGAAUCACCUCAGGGUGCCUGUGCUUCUGCUCGUGCUGCUUGUGCUGCUGCACUGCAUCACUGCUGCCCCAAGUUAUAGGUACUUCAGUCCCAGCUCAUCCAGCGAGCAGGAAAGUGUGCUCCCAGACAGUGAAGCCUGGUUUCUGCCUGGGCUAAUCUCCAACCCGUUUCUCAGCCUUGUGGGUACACGGCCACGGAGGGGCCUCACAGCCAUGAACAGUCACCAUAUAGAGAAGAGAAAGUGCAACACAGCCACCUGCGUCACCCAAAGGCUAGCAGACUUCCUGGUCCGUUCCAGUAACACUAUUGGCACCGUGUACGCACCAACCAAUGUGGGAUCCGCCACCUACGGCAAGAGGGACCUACUGGAGCCUUCCAGCUACCUGCCUCUCUAGUGCCAACCGAGGAAACUCCACAGCAAACACAGCAAUCCCACAUCUGUGCUGAUAUAACAAUCAUGUAACAGUGAUUGUAAAUAACGAUGACAGUGAUGGCAAUGAGUUUUCUUGAUUGCUUUUUAAACUUAAGAAACAGUGCCUUUAAUUUAAGCCAUCACUGUAUAUUUUUUCUGGCUUUUUGUGUGUUGUGGCUCCAUAUGUUAACACUGUUCCACAAUGGCAUGAUGGGAAUAAUAAAAAACUACCAAACAUGAACGUAAUUAAUGAAAAAAAAAAAAUAAUAAAGAAAAAAACA